GCCGGGUCGCAUUUCUCCGUGAAGCGCCACCCAUUCUCCGUCUCUGAGCUCCCGUCUCCGUUCACCUCUGCAUCCUUCAUCCAGCUGCAGCAGCUCGAGCGUCUCAGCGGCCGGAACCGUGGGCUUUAUAGGGCAAUGAUCUCACUGGAGCUUAAUUUUAACUUAUUUACGAGUGACCUUUCACAUUACCUCAAAAACCAAGUUAAAGUCGGGCUCUUCGGUUCUGGGGUGGGACUCUCGGUGGUGCUCGGAUUCAGCGCCGCUUAUGCCUGCUACUACCUGCUCUCUGUGGCCAAGAAACCCUUGCUGAUAGCCGGAGGGAAGACGUUUCAUCAGUUCCUGAGGGACAAAUGCCCCGUGGUUUCGGAGACGUACUACCCCACGUUCUGGUGCUGGGAGAGCCGGGUGCAGACGCUGCUCAGACCCUUCGUGACCGCCAAGCCCUGGGUCAGCUACAGAAAUGAGCUCAUUAGAGCACCAGAUGGAGGCCAGAUCUCUCUGGAUUGGUUUGACAAUGAUGACAGCGCGUCCCAUCCGGAGCAGUCCACACGGCCCACUGUGCUGCUGCUCCCGGGACUGACGGGCACGAGCCGCGAAUCCUACAUUCUGCAUAUGGUACAGCAAAGCCGGGAUCUGGGCUACAGAUGUGUGGUGUUCAAUAACAGAGGAGUAUCGGGUGAAAAGUUACUGACGCCUAGGACGUACUGUGCAGCGAACACAGAGGAUCUGGAGGUGGUCAUUGAACAUGUCCAGCGGACCAUCGACAAAGCUCCGCUCAUGGCGGCUGGGGUUUCAAUGGGAGGGAUGAUGCUGGCGAACUAUCUGGGCCGGAAGGGCUCGGAGGUGCGUCUGAAGGGAGUGGUGGUCUUCUCGGCAGGCUGGGAUGUGUUUGAGUGCACGGCUUCACUGGAAAAGCCCCUGGACCGCUUCCUCUUCAACUCCUACCUCACCAGCUGCCUGCAGGCGUCCGUGGACCGUCACAGAACCAUUCUUGAAAAAAAAUACGACAUAGACCAUGUGAUGAAGGCUAAAACAAUCCGAGAGUUUGAUGAGCGUUUCACAUCCAUCAUGUUCGGUUACCCAUCCAAUGACGACUACUAUCGAGACGCGAGCCCUAUUCACAAGAUCAAGUCUGUGCAGGUGCCAAUGCUGUGCCUCAACGCAGCGGAUGAUGUCUUUUCCCCCAAUCAUGCCUUUCCGGUGGAGGCGGUGAAGCAGAACCCCAAUGUGGCCCUGCUCAUCACCUGUCACGGCGGCCAUAUUGGCUUCCUGGAGGGUCUGUGGCCACGGCAGAGCACCUACAUGGACCGAGUCUUUCGCCAGUUCACCAAGGCCGUGUUCGAGGACGGCAGCAGUCUGGAUGAUCUCCACUGACCUUCUCUUCCCAUUCCCUCUACAGCCAUGAGCAAAAAAAAAAUCUGUAUACAUUUCCAAAACGAAGGGCACAGGUUCACUCGAGGGCCAGGAUUGUUUUCCUUUUUAGUCUGUUCAUCUAUUUAUUUCGUUUUAAGCACAUCUCUUUUAUUUAACAUGUUCCAUCCGUCCAUCCGUUGAUGCACUUAUUUGUUUCUUAAUUGCAUGUCUGUGUGUAACUGUUACUAAAUGUGAUUUAAGUGAACAUCCACCUGGAUUUAAUCAGUCAUUACGUGAUACUACUGAAAAUGGAUCUGGAGAAUGUCCAGAAAAACCCUAUAGAAACCUGCAGACAAUGUCACAAAGAAAUAUCCAGAUUCACAAUUAUAUAAAAAUAUGUUUGCAUAAAGUAAAUGCAGGUUUUUUUAAUCGUGGCAUUAUUCUCGUAUUGAUGAAGUAGAUUUCCCUUCGUCCUUUUUGCAUAUAAUGUGUUAUUAAAUCACCAUUGAGUCAUUUCCAACCCGUACAUAUGAAUAGUAUGCCAAGUAAAAAUGAAAACUUGUGGUAUCGUGAUACCCAAAAAUAGUUUUUGUCCUGAAAAUGGGCUGAAAAUACCACAAGCUUUCAUUAGUAUAUGCACCAGGCUCUUGAUUUCAAAUAACAUGAUGUAUAAUAGUACUACAAACUAAUGAAUGUAAAAAAGAAAAAGAAGAAAAAAGAUCGCGUUUCCAUAACCCUAUGAGCCUGUAAGACAGAAUCCUAGAAAGGAAGAUAGUCUUAUAAACAUUAAUAAGCAUCCUUAGAACUACUGAACAGAAUAGAUGAGAGUUUGCUUAACCCUCAAUAUUGUGAUGCAAUCAUUUUGACCCAGAUUCUUUUUCCCAAAAAGUUGAUAUUAUCAAAUCGGACCCACCUUAUUACACUUUCCGGUAUAAAACGACCGUCCUACAAAACGUUGCAGCUAAGUUGCUGCCAAAUAUUGGAUUCUGUGUUUUUUAACGGCUUGUUUUCUUUCAGUUAGCACAGACUUUGUAUUUCUUUUACAAUGGUCACAGGCACUUUUUUUUUCACGUACAAUCUUGAGGUGCGUAAGCUCAGAUCAAUGAAGCAGAUGAUAAAACAGUUCCAAAAAGAAAUAUAAAAUCUGUGCCGUUCGAAAGAAAUCUUUCAUGAAUAUUUCAUGAUGGCGCUGCGUAAUGAGAAGCUCCUUUUUGACUGGGAGCACAAAAUUACCUAAAGUAAAUUUAACAGGUCAUUUUCUGUAUGGAAAAUACCUGAAAAUGGUUUAUUGAUUUUCGUCUAAAACAUGUCAGAGAUCAGUUAUCAUUUCAUAAUUAUCUUUAGUAAUUACUCCAUGACAUUCCCCAAUAGUAUUAAAAAAAGGAAGAUUUAGCUAUUAUUGUCUUUACGGUAUCAAUUGAAGUAUCGGUGUAUAGCCAAAAAAGAUUUGACGAUCUCGAUGUUUAAUCAUCCUAAAUAUCUGUAGUUUCGUAGCCCUCAGGGACUAACCCCACUUUCUUUGUGUUUCCUGUUAGCUUGUGUUUGCAGGGCCAGAAAAGAUUGUCCCAUAUCACUUUUUAUUUGUCAUAAGAAUGUACCGCAUGCACUUUUUUCUCAUUCAUUGCUGUUAUAUUGACACUGUAAAUUAAUCUUUUUUUUUUUUUUGACUAGGAAUGUGACAAUUGCACUAAUCUGAGUUGAAAGCACUUAACCUGUGCAGCCCUGUGAGUGAACGGGCGGACGUGGCUUCAAGGAUUCUGUGAAUGUGAAAAUGACUUGAGCUGCUGUUCGUCUAAACCAAAAUUUGCUUGCUUCGAAUUUACUUUAGGCUCAGAUUGCUUUUUAUAUGACGGCGCCACUGAGAUCCUACCCACAGCUCCUUAAAUGAUCUAAAAAAAUGAAAACGGGAGCCAAUAGCUGUAGAGAAAAUAUGAGAAUGACAGGAAUAGUUGAACCCAAAAUGAAUUAUUUUACGAGGAAGCUCUUUAUAAAUCUGUUUCCGAACAUAACUGCACGUAGGGAUUUUCAUGGUGGAAUGAUAUGAUGCCCAGAACUAGACGUUAGUUAUCGAAAGCCGCCCAAGCCAUGUGUUGUAUAUACUGACUUUUGUCUGUUUUUAUGGCGGUGCUGCUUCAUAUUGCGCUUCUAACUGUCAGCUGCAUCUGCUCCUGUGGACUUUAAAAAAACGCUUUCCUCUCUGCUUUCCGUCCAUCCUGUUUCUGAGUAGCAUGUGUCACUGUUCUAAGUGUCUUGAGUAACCGUACCGACAUGCGUCACAUAACCUGUAGCACAACGGACAUAUUUUUCCAUGAAGACCUCUUUCCUUUUAUAGAUUUAUAAAAGGAUUGUGUAUUUAACAUGUGCAGCAAUAAGAUUUUAAUACAAGAUCUAUGUCCAUGUAGAAUAAAUAUAUGCACAUGUACUUGUAUGGAUUAUAAGUGCAUUUGUGGUCCUAAAUAAAUGAUGGAAUUCAA